AAAAAAAUCAUUUGGAUUUAUUGCAGGCUAACAGCUCUCUGACAAGCUUUCACCUUAUGAAAGGGAGAGGGCAAGAGAGAGAUUAAGAGAGCGAGAGGGGGAAAGUGAGACAGACUGAGGGAGAGGAGCAGAGGGCUCUCGAUGACCUAAUUCUAAGUUAGCUGUUCAGUUGCAGGAGUAUUGACUACAACAUAGACCCUUGUGGGAAGCAGCAAAGAGGAAGCCGUGACAAGGGCAGAGAAGGCAGGGAGUAUCCUCACGGACAGGAGAAAUUCAUCAGGUUUUCCUGCUGAGCUCCAGUUGCUGCCAGAAGAGGAAUGGCAGGCCGGAGGGGAGUUAAAACUCUGAAGAGAUCGGCCGUCCCUGGAGUGACUAUCACACAGUUUGUGGAGGACAUUCCGAAAGGGUGCAGCACACCUGACUUUGAGCGGAAGCCAAUUACCUUAACAUUACAGGAAGGUAAAAAUGCCAUUUUCAGAGCUGUGGUCAAGGGUGAACCACAACCAGAGGUGUUCUGGAAACGCAAUAAUGAGGCAGUGGAUGAUCCUCAGAAAUACCAGAUAUCAUUCAGUCCAGCCACAAAUGAGUUUAUCCUGCAGGUAAACAAAAUCACUGCGGAUGAUGCUGACUUGUACCGUUGCACCGCUGUGAAUGAGUAUGGGGAAGCCACCUGCACUGCUGGUCUCAAGAUCAUACAGGUCGGCUUCAAGAAGAAAGCGAAGCCCACUUCUUCUGCACCACAGACAGACCUGAAGAAGGAGCUGCAGGACUUCAGAAAAACAUUAAAGAAACGAACACCUUCAAGUGCUCCAAAGAAGGAAAUGGAUAUGGAACAGAUCUGGCAGUUACUGCUGAAUGCAGAUAAGAAAGAUUAUGAAAAGAUCUGCCUGAAGUAUGGCAUUGUUGACUUCCGUGGGAUGCUGAGGAAGCUUCAGGAGAUGAAGAAGGAGAGAGAGGACAAGCAGGCACAGUAUCUACUCAACCUCAGAAACCUGAGGCAUGUCAGAGUCAAUGAGGUGCAAGGAAAUGCUUCAUUUGAUCUAGAGAUGGAACUGAAAAAUCCGGAAAGUAGAAUUUACCUAUACAAGGAUGGCCAGAUGAUCAAUUUUGGAUUUGACAGUGAAAACACAAAGCACUGCCUGCGACAGGUUGGCAAAAAGUACAAUUUUAUCAUCAACGAUCUGCAGCCAGAAGAUGCUGGCGUGUACCAGAUCAAAGUAGAAGAUGUAGAUGUUUUCUCAACUGAGCUGGAAGCAGAAUCCAUCCCAGUAAGUUUUCGCUAUCCUCUUGGUGAGGUGAGAUGCCACGAGCAAGGAAAUGCUGUCUUUCAGUGCACUCUCUACGAACCCUGCUCCAACGCUACGUGGCUGCACAGAGACCGUAUUCUAGAGUCCAAUGACAAGUAUGAAAUUUCGGUCUCGGAAGAUGGCCUAACUCAUCGCCUAAUCAUCAAAAACACCCAGGCCUCUGACAAGGGGACGUACACCAUUGAUAUUGGAGACCGCUCUUCAAGUGCCUGGCUUGAGGUUGAAUCUAAAGGAAAGAGAAAACAGACUGAAGGAGAUAGUGAUGAUAUAACUGGAUGGCGGAAGAAACAGCUAGAUGAAGACCGCGCAAAGAAACUUCGUCAAGGACAAGGCCGUGAUGAGCAGGAUGGCCAGUAUAAGAAUGGCCAAGCUGGCGAAGGAGAAUCUUAUGGUUCCUUAGGAAAAGAUGGAUCUUUGGGAAGAGGAGGAGCCAACAGAGAUGGGAAGAUGGGACAGUUUGCUGGGGUGGGGACAGACAUGGGAGGAGGGCAUGAGUUCUCUGGAUUUGCUGGUGGUAGUAGUGAACAUAUGGGACAUACUGGAAAUGGUGCUGGUGGAGGAAUGGGUGGUUUGGGUGGCAUGGGUUCACUGCAUGGUAAAGAUGCUAUGUUAGGUGGCACAGGAACUGGAUCUGGAGGUGCAGGUGGACUGCAAACUUCAGGUGGUUCCACACUUAAUGGAGCAAGUGGGCCAGGAGCUGGGUUUGGUGGUGCUGGUGGAGUAGGUGGCCUCUAUGGCAAGGAUGGGAUGGUAGGUGGAGCUGGUGCUGGUGGAGUAGGUGGACUCUACGGCAAGGAUGGGAUGCUAGGUGGAGCUGGUGCUGGGGGAGCUGGCAGUGCUGGCAGAGAAGGUGGACUUUAUGGUAAGGAUGGCAUGCUUGGUGGAGGUGGUGGUGCUGGUGGAGUAGGGGGACUUUAUGGCAAGGAUGGGAUGCUAGGGGGAGCUGGUGCUGGUGGAGUAGGUGGACUCUACGGCAAGGAUGGGAUGCUAGGUGGAGCUGGUGCUGGGGGAGCUGGCGGUGCUGGGGGAGUAGGUGGACUUUAUGGGAAGGAUGGUAUGUUAGGUGGAGCUGGUGGUGCUGGUGGAGCAGGUGGACUCUACGGCAAGGAUGGGAUGCUAGGUGGAGCUGGUGCUGGUGGAGCAGGUGGACUCUAUGGCAAGGAUGGGAUGCUAGCUGGAGCUGGAGCUGGGGGAGCUGGUGGUGCUGGUGUAGGUGGAUUUUAUGGUAAGGAUGGUAUGUUAGGUGGUGCUGGUGCUGGUGGAGCUGGUGGUGCUGGUGGAGCUGGUGGUGCUGGUGGAGCAGGUGGACUCUACGGCAAGGAUGGGAUGCUAGGUGGAGCUGGUGCUGGUGGAGCAGGUGGACUCUAUGGCAAGGAUGGGAUGCUAGCUGGAGCUGGAGCUGGGGGAGCUGGUGGUGCUGGUGUAGGUGGAUUUUAUGGUAAGGAUGGUAUGUUAGGUGGUGCUGGUGCUGGUGGAGCUGGUGGAGCUGGUGCUGGUGGUGCUGGUGGAUUUGGGGGACUUUAUGGCAAGGAUGGUAUGUUAGGUGGAGCUGGUGCUGGUGGAGCCACCGGUGCUGGUGGAGUAGGGGGACUUUAUGGCAAGGAUGGGAUGCUAGGUGGAGCUGGUGCUGGUGGACCUGGUGGUGCUGGUGGAGUAGGGGGAACUUAUGGUAAGGAUGGUAUGUUAGGUGGAGCUGGCACUGAGGGUGCUGGUGGAGUGGGUGGACUUUACGGGAAAGAUGGUUUUCUAGGUGGAGCUGGUGGACUUGAUGGUGCUGGUGGAGUAGGUGGACUUUGUGGCAAAGACGGUCUGCCAAUUGGAGCUGGUCAACUUGGUGGUGCUGGUGGAGUAGGUGGACUGUAUGGGAAGGAUGGUUUCUUAGGCAGUGGUGGUGCUGGUGGAAUGGGUGGUGCUGGUGGUGUAGGAGGUCCUUAUGGUAAGGAUGGAAUGCUAGGCAGAACUGGACCUGACGGACCUGGUGGUGCUGGUGGAGUAGGUGGACUCUACGGCAAGGAUGGGAUGCUAGGUGGAGCUGGAGCUGGCGGACCUGGUGGGAUUGGUGGAGUAGGUGGAGUAGGUGGUGCUGGUGGAGUAGGGGGACUUUAUGGCAAGGAUGGAAUGCUAGGUGGAGCUGGUGCUGGUGGACCUGGUGGUGCUGGUGGAGUAGGGGGACUUUAUGGGAAGGAUGGAAUGCUAGGUGGAGCUGGUGCUGGUGGACCUGGUGGUGCUGGUGGAGUAGGGGGACUUUAUGGGAAGGAUGGAAUGCUAGGUGGAGCUGGUGCUGGCAGAGUAGGUGGUGCUGGUGGAGUAGGGGGACUUUAUGGGAAGGAUGGAAUGCUAGGUGGAGCUGGUGCUGGUGGACCUGGUGGUGCUGGUGGAGUAGGGGGACUUUAUGGGAAGGAUGGAAUGCUAGGUGGAGCUGGUAUUGGCGGACCUGGUGGUACUGGUGGAGUAGGUGGACUUUAUGGCAAGGAUGGAAUGCUAGAUGGAGCUGGUGCUGGCGGACCUGGUGGUGCUGGUGGAGUAGGGGGACUUUAUGGCAAGGAUGGUGUGUUAGGUGGAGCUGGUGCUGGUGGAGUAGGGGGACUUUAUGGUAAGGAUGGUGUUUUAGGUGGAGCUGGUGCUGGUGCUGGUGCUGGUGCUGGCGGACCUGGUGGUACUGGUGGAGUAGGGGGACUAUAUGGUCAGGAUGGUGUGUUAGGUGGAGCUGGUGCUGGUGGACUUGGUGGUACUGGUGGAGUAGGUGGACUUUAUGAUAAGGAUGGUGUUUUAGGUGGAGCUGGUGCUGGUGGACCUGGUGGUGCUGGUGGAGUAGGUGGACUUCAUGGCAAGGAUGGUAUGUUAGCUGGAACUGCUGCUGGCGGACCUGGUGGUGCUGGUGGAGCUGGCGGUGCUGGUGGAGUAGGUGGACUCUAUGGCAAGGAUGGGAUGCUAGGUGGAGCUGGUGGUGCUGGUGGAGUAGGUGGACUCUACGGCAAGGAUGGGGUGCUAACUGGAGCUGGAGCUGGAGCUGGCGGACCUGGCGGUGCUGGUGGGGUUGGUGGUGCUGGUGGAGUAGGGGGACUUUAUGGCAAGGAUGGGAUGCUAGGUGGAGCUGGUGCUGGCGGACUUGGUGGUGCUGGUGGUGCUGGUGGAGUAGGUGGACUUUAUGGCAAGGAUGGUAUGUUAGGUGGAGCUGGUGCUGGCGGACCUGGUGGUGCUGGCGGCAUUGGUGGGCUCUAUGGUAAGGAUGGAAUGCCAAGUCGACCAGGCAUUGGUGGACUUGGUGGUGCUGGUGGCACAGACAGGCUGCUUGACAGUACUGGUGUUUCUGGUGCAGAAGGUAUGAGAGGUCAUCAUGGUAAGGAUGGUGUGCUUCCUGGGGUUGGUGGUGUUGGGUUAAGAGGUGUAGGGAGCACCGGUGACCUUUAUGGUCAGGCAAGUACUUUACAUGGAACUGAGGGUGGUGGUGCUGGCACUGAAUUAGGAGGCAUGGGUGGCAUGAUGGAUCGAACUGGCGGAGCUGGCACCAAGUAUGGUGUAUCAGGUGAGGGUUAUGGUGAAGGAGGGAUAGGUAAGGAUGGCAGGGUUAGUGGAACUGGUGCUGGUGGUCUUAGUGGUGAAGGAUGGUUGGAUGGUAGGGAUGGUAGGCUAGGUGGAUUUGGUGUUGGUCCAGGAGUUAGAGGUGUUGAUGGAUCCCUGUAUGAGAAUAUGUCAGGCAUUCCUGGUGAAGAGUUCCUAGGCUAUGGACAGUCUUCUGGCCUUUCUGACGCUGGAACCCAUGCUGGUGACAGAAGAAGACAGCUGUCUAACUUAGAUGCCAGUCAACUUACUUCAUCUGAUAUUUCAAGAACCAGGGACAGGAAAGGGAGAGGAGGAAGUCUUCUUGAAGAGGAUGUGAGAGAAUCACAUCCCCGUUUCAACCAAGGGUUAUUUGACCUCCAUGCACCAAAAGGAAAACCAGCUGUGUUAACUUGCAGCCUCAACAAUGACCAGCUUGAGGGAACUUGGUUUAAAGAUGGGUUCAAGAUAACAGGCCAGGAUGGAAUCUCCAUUGAGAAGGAGGGCCCAGUCCACAAACUAUUAAUAGAUGAAGUACAAGAUAGCCAUGCUGGAAAAUACAAAUUCGAAGCUGGAGGAGUCCGAACAGAAGCAUCUAUUUUUGUUGAAGACCCUCCAAAUGUUGACUCUGCUCUUCUGGAAAAACUGAAGAAGGAACCUAUAGUAGUAAAGGCAGGAAAGAAUGCCAUAGUGAAGAUCCCAUUUGAAGGCCGGAAGCCAGUCAGAUCAACUUGGCUAAAGGAUGAAGGAGAACUUCUGGAUGAUGCCAGGAUCAGCACUGACUAUUCAGACAACUUCACCCGACUCUCCAUAUCCAGUGCUAAUCGGAAGGACUGUGGUGAUUAUAAAGUGAAACUGAAGAAUGAGAGUGGAAGCACUGAAGCUACUCUCAAGCUGGUAGUUCUAGAUAAGCCUCAACCACCAAUGGGACCCAUCGAAGUUGUGGACUGCUCCACAAAUAGUAUAACUAUCCAGUGGAAGCCCCCCAAAGACGAUGGUGGCAAACCAAUCCAGAGUUAUAUUAUUGAGAGGCAGCAGGUUGGCAGAAAGACCUGGGUGACCUUGGGUAAGACCGAUGGAAGCAGCACUGUCUUCACCACCAACAAAGUGGAACAUGACAAAAGUUACUACUUCAAAGUGAGAGCAGUGAAUGCCGAAGGUACCAGUGAGGCACUGGAGUCUGAUGAAGUGAUGGCUGCUACCAAAGCAUUUCCUGGUCCUCCUGCUCCUCCCAAAAUUGUCAGUACCAGCAAGGGUGCUGUCACACUCUCAUGGGCAGCACCACAUAAGACCGGCAACUCCCGCAUCUUGGGCUACAGGAUUGAGAAGUGCAAGAAGGGCAGCAACAGCUGGACACCUGUCACUGAUGUGCCCAUUACAGACAGGAAGUACACAGUGACUGACCUGAAGGAGGGUCUGCUGUAUGAAUUCCGUGUGGCUGCCAUUAAUGCUGCAGGGGCGGGUGACGUUAGUGCACCGUCGGAAGCUGCUUUUGCUCGGGAUCCCAUGAAACCACCAGGUGCAGUGAGAGAUCUUAAAGUGAUCAGUACUGACUACUGCAGCAUCUCUUUGUCAUGGACGAAGCCAGAAGCAGAGGAAGAAAGUCAUGCCAAAGGCUACAUUAUAGAGAUGCGGCACACUGACACUCUGAAGUGGACCCAGUGUAAUUCCCUCCCAAUCCCAAUAACUACAUACACAGUUAGAGGGCUAAAAGCCAGGGAGAUGUACUUCCUACGAGUGAGAGCAGUCAAUGACGGUGGUUUUGGCGAGCCCGUCGAACUGGACACUUGUGUCCAAGCUGUACCUCCCACAGUUCCUCCCAAACUCUUGGUAAAGGACACCACCAAAAGCUUCAUGAUUGUAAAAGCAGGGGAUGCCAUUCGUGUGCGCAUUCCCUUUGAAGCUUCCCCACCUCUUGAAGUGGUUUGGCUAAAGGAUGGUCUUACUCUGCCCGCAAAAGCCACAAUAGCUACCAGAGAAGGCCUGAGCCAACUCAUCAUCCCAGGAGCUGACUUUUCUGACAGUGGCCAUUAUAGCAUCACCCUCCAAACUGAGCGUGGAAAUAAAGAGACUUUCAGCUUUCUAGUCCAAGUUCUAGAUGUCCCAGAAUCUCCUGGUCCUAUACAGCUAAUUGAGAAGGUCCCUGACACGGUGACUCUGAUUUGGGAGCCCUCACCAACAGAGAAGAGAGAGGGCACCCUGAAUUACAUGGUCAUGAGACGUGACUCCUACAAAGGAUCUUGGCAACUGGUGUCUGACCUGAUUUACACCAACAAGUGCACUGUCUCAAAUUUUGUCCCAGGCCGGGAAUACUACUUCAGAGUUCAGGCAAAGAAUUGCAUGGGAAUCAGCGAGCCCUCUGAAACAGUGCAACCCUGGAUCAUCCACAGGGAAAAGGGUAAAUUUGCAGUCAGAAGCCCAAAAUACAAGGGGGUCAACCAAAGUCAGCCUCCAAGAUUCCUUGUCCCAUUGAAACCUCAUGUGGUAACUCUAGGAUUUGACUGUCACAUGAGUUGUGCUGUGACUGGAUAUCCAGUCCCUCAAGUAAUGUGGUAUAAAGAUGGCAAGAAUAUCUCUCAGGAUCCUACCUUCUUCAGCAAAAAUGACUUUGGGGUCUGCUCUCUUGUGAUCCUAGGAGUUACAGCAUCAGAUGGAGGCCAGUACAAGGUGGUGGCCAUCAAUGAACUAGGCCAAGCAGUCAGCAAAGCUGAAGUCACCAUAAAAGAACCUGCUUUUUAGAAUGGCCUGCAUGGAACCAGCUUUGCACAGUCUGUGGCGUGACAACGUUUUCCUGUAAGACAGACACAGUUACUCAAAAAUAUGUAUUUACUGUUCUGUUAAGCAGCCUGAAGAUUCUAUCUGGUGAGGCAAGUGAGGUCAAAACAGCAACUGUUCUUUUCUUUACAGUUUUCCAUAACAGGAAAGCCCUUUGAAAACAUGUAUGCAAUUCUGUCCAACGGUCCUUCAAAGAGCAGAAUCCCAGUAUACUUAUCUGAGACUUUAAUGGAAAUAUGAUAACUUUAAUGGAAGUAAGUUGUGAGCCACCACAGUCAUCAUCCUCACAAUGAAUUUAUUGGUCUUUAAGGUACCACAGGACUUUCUGUUUUGUUUCUGCUGCAUCUGGCUAACAUGGCAACCCCUCUGAAAGUCAUGACAAGGAAAGAUAGUCCUGCAAUAAUAAUGGAUUUUAUAUUCAUAUCCACUGGGCUGUAGCUGAGAUUGUUUAUUUGUAGGAUAAAGAUAUUGUGAGAGAAAAUACUUGGAACCAGCUCCAUGGCAAAUGAAUUUCAAAUAGCUUGGCUGUGCCCACAGUGGCUGUAAUAAAACAUGAGCUUUAUGAAUGUAUUGGGAGUAAAAGAGUUUAUAACUAGUUGGGAUCCUUCUGUCAAGAACACCAAAUUUUAUGUAUGAGAUGUCUUACUAAUUUCAAGCAUCAUUUGGGUUUUAACCAACUCUAAUUUUAGAAAGCUUAACAAAGAAUUGAAGUGGGACAAUGCCACCUAUUUAGUAUUCACAGGUUUGAAGAUGGAUGCUUGAACAAGAUUAGCUUAACCUUGAAACAGAAAAGUUUGUUUUAAGAUAAGUUUUUUUCCUGGGCCUACAGCAAUUGCCUCAUCAACAAGAAUCAAAGCAAGACUAUACUUUUGUGUUUGCUCAACCCUGAGUUUCAGCCUCAUACUUUUCAAAAUGUCUCAAUGAAAUGAGGCCC